AUGAGAUCGAAACAUCUUUAUUUAUCAUAUUAAAUAAAAUGGUUUUAGCAUAAUAUAGAUUGUGGUUAGAAAAUAGUUGGAAUAUGUUGGGAUCCUUUUGAUAAAUAUAUUUUCUCAUUAAAAUUUGAUAACACAGUAUUCAAACAUAAUAUAUAAGGUCAAAUUUUAUAAAAUUGAUAAUUGGUAAUAAAAAUUUACUAUUUCCUUCCAAAUAUAGGGGAAAGAAUUUACAACAAAGAGAGAAGACAGAAAAUUAGAUUAAACUAUAGAUUGUAGAUAUUUAGCUAAAUCAAAUCUAGAUCAAAAAGUAUUAAUUCAUUAAAUAAAUAGACAAUACCAAAUGUAGCAAUUUCGGAUAGGAAUUCGAAUUUUUAAGUUGUUAGAACAAUAUUAGGUCCAUCUUCAUCAAUUAAUGUUGCUAGAUUUUCACCAAUGUUAUUUAAAAAUUCUAAUACCAAUAAUGAGUAUUCAAGUUUAUUUGCUAUUGGUGACAAUGAAGGUAAUAUAAGUUUAUGGUAAAUUAAUAAAAAGGGGAUGAAUGGUAAAAAGACAUUAAAAAGCAGGAGAAUUAAUAGAAGAUAUAAUAUGAAAUUAAUAAGGAACAGUAUAAAUGGCGACAACUUCUAAAAAAUACAUUAUAAUUAUAGAUUUUCAAAUGAGUUUAGGUUAAAUUUUAAGUAAAAAUGAAAGAUAAGAAUAAUUAAAAAGUCUUUUUGGUGAUCUUAAAACUCUAAAAUUUGCAGACAUGUAAUUUGAAUAAACAAAUGUUUAAGCUGAUUUCAAAAAUUAAAUACCUGAUAUUAAAAUAUAAAAAAGAGAAAUUCCAAAAUAAACAUGA